GCUGCAGCUCAUAAACGAGCUGUGCUUAGAAUCGAGAGCCAGGUUGCACAGCACUCGAGCAAGAUGCAAGAGAUUCAGCUUCAGUUAGACGAGGAGAACGAGAAAAUGAAGGCAACCGUUGCGGAACUAUCAAACGUACGCAAGGUCAGAAGAACUUCUGGAUGCAUGCUAUGAGGAAGCUAUAGCCCUUCAAUGGUAUUGUCGAGUCAGUGAUGAGAUCCAAUGAUCUCAGGGAGUUGUUUGAUCAUUACCUCAAGCGGAGCACCUGAUGAGCUUCUGGCUGAAGCCUACGUUCAUUCCUCGGGCAUUAGACUUUCUGCUUUUGGCUAGACAGUUUAAGCGGUUGAGGAUGAAGUUGUUGGGAUCAGCAGGAGAUCAACAUGAUUGUUGUGUUGUUGUGGUCAGAGAAGAUUGAUUCCAUUGGAUAUAUAUUCAUCCAAGGCCAGCUGAAAGAGAGUGAAUCAACAAAGAAGAAAGAAGAAGAAAGCCAUGGGAAGACCUCCAUGCUGUGACAAAGUUAGAAUCAAGAAAGGUCCAUGGACCCCUGAAGAAGACAUCAUCUUGGUCUCCUAUAUCCAAGAACAUGGCCCUGGCAAUUGGAGAUCAGUCCCCACAAACACCGGGUUGUUAAGGUGCAGCAAAAGUUGCAGACUUAGGUGGACGAAUUAUCUCAGGCCCGGGAUCAAGCGAGGCAACUUCACCCCCAAUGAAGAAGGGAUGAUAGUGCACUUGCAGGCCCUACUGGGUAACAAGUGGGCUGCCAUAGCUUCCUACCUCCCACAAAGAACAGACAACGACAUCAAGAACUACUGGAACACCCACUUGAAGAAGAAGAUCAAGAAAUUUCAGUCAGCUUCGGAUCCCCGAAUGGCAUCAGAAUCUUCCUCUAUCUGCCAGCAGUUCGUAUCAAAGAGCAUCACCACGGACAAAGCGACUACUACUUCAGAUGCUACUAUCAACUUGAACCAGCUGGCCUCUUCAUCCUACGCCUCGAGCACUGAAAACAUAUCGAGGCUUCUUCAAGAUUGGAUGAGAACUUCCCCAACGAAGAAUAAUGGUGCGUCAUCGAAUGCUCCAGUUGAAGAGAAGGCCGAGCAAGAUGGCUGCAGCCGGUUGGGAGGAGUAGGAGGAGGAGGAGGAGGAGGAGGAGGCUCCAACAAUGAAGAGUUUGAGUCUGUGCUUUCUUUUGAUAAUUUGAACAGCAGCAGCAUGGGAUGGGACAAGUCUUCUUGUGAUUCUACUCUUAAAGACUGCCAAUGUGCUGCCAAUGAGAGGAAGCAAAGAUCAGAGAACGAUCAGCCAUUCUUGUUUCUUGAGAAUUGGCUCUUGGGGGAAAGCAGUGGUCAAGUGCAAGAAAUUAUGGAAUUGCCUCAUAUAUUUUGAUCAUCUUUUUCUGAGUGACUUCUACGUAUUCUUGGGAUUAUCGUUGUUGCACGGUUUCUUAUCGAGUUUUUACGUAUUCUUAAUUUGCUACA